AAAACACAGCGACAGUUUACGCCGUUGUCAUUUUAGUAGAACCACUAGAGAAAGAACACCAUAUUACUGAACAUGCCUCAUUAUUUGUUAUUCUUGUUAACGAUAUUGCUUUUUAUUUUCUCAGAACAGACAAAAUUCAACGUAACCAUGCGAGCGCUUUCCACUUGGUCCAAUCCCUCCGUCAUAAUCGCGAAUUCAACCAUUAUAAAUAAUACUAUAAAUGUUGACUUCCACAUUCUUCAUGAGAUUAAGGAUGUUGAAUUUCGUCUAACAAUGCAUGAGUUACGCAACGAAAAAAUGACAAAGUUGAUGGAUGAACAGUUCAGACCAUGUGUUAUUAAAAGAUUAAUCAAGAUUAGCCCAUAUGCAUCAGGAGCAAUGCAUAUUAUAUCGGAUUACACAAACUUCGGAUGGAAAUGCGCUUAUAAGCCAGGACUUUACUAUCUUCGAAACUACCCGCCAGGAUCGGAAAUUAUUCCUUUACGUUUCGUUUACCAACAUAAAGUAGUCGCCCAGUGCAAGACUACUUUCUAUAUGAAUCAUUUUGACAAAAUCGCAGAAAUUCUUGUUAGAUACGAAGUAACAAGAAAUUAGUGAAAAUUCCAAGUAUCUAAUUUUUAAGCAUAAACUUUAUUUAG